AACAAUUAAUAUCGAUGAAUGUUAUGGUUGAAGGAAAGGCAGAUAUUUUUAAAAAAGCAUUUCAAAAAUGUUUUAUUAGUACUUUUGAUUUUGAUGGAAAAAUCAAUCCAUUAGAGUUGGGUGUGUUUACCAAUCACACCAAAGAAAUUUGGUAUGAUGAAGAUAAAAAACCACAUAAACGUGAAGAACUUGUUAAUUUGAUUAUGAAAUUACAUAAAUCUAUAAAAGAUAACAUAUUUGUAUUAGGUGACGAAACGUUAUCAAAACGUUCUGGUAUAAUUGAUAUUUAUUGUAAUUAUUUAUCAAAAAAUCCUGUAGAUAUAGAUCUCGAACUAAUAAAAACUAAAGUUAAAGCAAUUUGUGAAAAGCUGCAGGCGAAUUAUACUCAAAAUGUAUACACGGAUCUCGAUUCGAUAUUGGAAGUG